CUACCAGAGGAGAGAAGGGCACUACAGAGGGACCUGAAUAGACUGGAUCGAUGGGCCAAGGUUAACAGCAUGAGUUUCAUUAGAGCCAAGUGUUGGGUCCUGCGUUUUGGUCACAACAACCCCAGGCAACCCUACAGGCUUGGGCAGGUGUGGCUGGAAAGCUGCCUGAUGGAAAGGCACCUUGGUGUACUGUUGGACAGUCAGCUGAAUAUGAGCCAGCAGUGUGCCCAGGUGGCCAAGAAGGCCAAUGGCGUCCUGGCUUGUAUCAAAAAUGGUGUGGUGAGCAGGACUAGGGAAGUAAUCCUGCCCCUGUACUCAGCACUGGUGAGGCCUCACCUUGAGUACUGUGUUCAGUUUUGGGUACCUCAAUACAAGAAGGACAUGGAAAUACUGGAGCAGGUUCAGAGAAGGGCAACGAGGGUAGUGGAGGGCUUGGAAAAUCAGCCCUAUGAGGAGAGGCUGAGGGAGCUGGGGCUGUUUAGUCUGGGGAAGAGGAGGCUGAGGGGAGACCUUAUUACUCUCUUCCAGUACCUGGAAGGUGUUUACAGUGAGAGCAGGGUAGGUCUCUUCUCACUGGUGACAGGUGACAAGACGAGGGAAAAUGGUCUCAAGUUGCACCAAGAUAAGUUUAGGUUGGAUGUUAGGAAAUACUUCUUUACAGAAAGGGUGGUUAAACACUGGAAUAGGCUCCCCAGGGAGGUGGUUGAGUCACCGUCCCUGGAUGUGUUUAAGAGCCGUUUGGAUGUGGUGCUCAGAGAUACGAUUUAGCAGAGGGUUGUUAGAGUUAGGGUACUAUGGUUAGGCUGCGGUUGGACUUGAUGACCUUUGAGGUCCUUUCCAACCUCAGUAAUUCUAUGAUUCUAUGAUAUGGUUACCAUAAGUGUAAGACUGUUAUGCUAAAUAGAAGGAAAUAUUGUGUUACUGACAUAACUUUUUCAUAUGUUAAUAGAUUUAAAUUCUGUUCAUAUAAGAGGACAUCAUCAACUUGAAAAUCUCACUUGCUUCUGAAAGUACUUUUGUUGUUUCAAGGCUUACGUGAAGUUAAUGUAACCAUAAGGUAACAAAGGUUAAAAUAUUUGAUCUGCUGUUCUGUUUAUUUAGUGUGUUUGACAGCUUUUCACAUAUAGCAGGUUUCCUCAGCUAGUCAGCAUCACCUAUAGUCACAGACAUCAUGUUGAAAACAAAGAGAAAAAUCAGACUUGAGCGAAAAAAUUUUUGCCUUUUUCUCUUUACCACCUGACCCUGAUCAAGGAAUAUUUUUAAACAUAAACAUAGCCCUAGAUGUA